GCUGAUGCCGGUAUCACCACCGAGACCGAUACAUCACAAACAUUGCCGUCUGAUAUAUUAGAGGCCCUCGGGGACCCGAAGGGAAAAGAAGAAAUAUAUGGGCCAAAAAUACCUGAUGAAAUCUCUAAACGUUGGGGCCGGGUACUCGUUGAUGGCCUAGAGAAAGAUGCAAAGCAAAAACUGCCUGAAAAGCACCUGAUACCGGAUAACUUUCGUUUGGCCAAAGCUCCUAUUUUAAAUCCUGAGAUUAUAUCGGUGCUUAACGAAUCAGUCAGAUAUCGUGACAAAUUAUUAGAAAAAGAGCAAAACCAACUGGGCCUAGGCAUUUCUGAGCUCACAAAUCUAGCUUCAGCGGUAAUCAAAGAAAACUUAGAUAAAGUCGAAAUACUAAAGAAACUUUCUGAAGCUAGCCAGAUUUUCCUAGACCUUCAUCACGAUCAGACCACUAGGAGAAGAAAACUCAUAACCACAACUCUUGACAAAAAGUUUGUCAACAUUAUAUCGGACGUAAAAAGGGAUACCUACCUGUUUGGUGAAAACCUAGGGGAAAAAAUAAAAGCCACAAAAACAGCGGAAACAUCAGGGCUGCAAGUGAAGCGUAAAGAGGUCAACGCUAUCGCGUCUACGUCUAGGAAAUAUCCCAACCAGGGAAACUGGAGGGGCCCACCCCGAACAUACUACCAAUACCAAUUUCAACAUUUUCAACGAGCACCCAGACAGGGUGGGCCGAGACCGCGCUACCCUCACCAGCAAUACCGGUACCGUCCGCCAGUUCCCGAUCGUCAAGCCCAAUCGACGCGCAAGCCGCCCAACAAGACCCCAAAAGCCUAAUAGAGGAAGAGACACCCUCUCUGGAGUCGCCUUUCCCUGGUGGCAUCACUAUUAUCCGGGAAGCAUUUAGAAGACAAAAUCUAAAUCUAGACACAAUUGAUAUUUUAAUAUCAUCUUUAUCAAAAAACUCUUUAAAUCAGUAUAAUAGUGGAUACAAAAAGUGGUGGACGUUUUGUUCAAAAAAUAACAUAAGUAUCUACUCCACCAAUAUUCCUGAUAUUCUUGCGUUUUUUACGGCUGAAUAUAACGCCGGUGCAAGUUACUCCACUUUAAAUACAGUUCGUUCUGCACUUUCCUUGAUAUUGGGCAAAAAGUUCAGUAAUGAUGAAAGGGUCGCUAGGUUCAUAAAAGGUGUUUUUAAAACAAAA